GCAGAUGAUCUAGGAGAUAUAUCGAUGUUCCCUUCGAUGAAGGAGAAUGUCGAAGCAAGGAGAAUAAAAACGAGUAAAGGAAUGAAGCCGGUCAGGAGCCAGAGCAUCAAGAUAAUCUUUGAGGGGGAUAUCGCGACCACACCCAUGAGGGUGGCUGCCACCAAGUCGGCAAGAGGGUCUACAUCGAGGAAGACUGACACGGAUUACGUGAUGACGGAGAAGGACGGGCAGCGGGUCGAUGGAGAGGAGGUUAUCCUUUCGCCGCGAAAGAGGGGAGUGAAGAAGUUCUUAAUGAAGAGUUCGCUGGACGAGAUUGACACGGUUGAGCCACUGAGGCGGACCCUUCGGCAACCAAUGCAGUGCUCUAUUCUGGAGUACCUGGCGACAUCGAAGCCGGCUCGUGAUGAAUUACAUAUGAUCACGCGGAAGACUCGCAUAUCUCUAUCAGAGGAGGGUCAGGGGCCCCCUAAAGCGGAAGCUUCUACAGUAGCAGUAACGGGGGGAACUGCCAGAGCGGAUCGCAUGGCGACUGUCCUUCUCGAUGGGAUGGAAGGUGUGUCUCCAAACAAGUUUUAUAUACUUGGUAGCGGGGCUGUGGAGACGAUUAUAAACGAUGGAGCGAUACUCGAUGCUGUGAUUGAUAACGGCAGUGAGGCUGUCAUCAUAGACGAGGACCUGGCAAUACAAGUUGGACUGGGCCUCGAUAGGUCAUACCUAUUCGAGAUAGAGACGGCUGAUGGGAGAAAGCAACMGAUCACUGGGGUUUGUCACAAGGCAGUCAUAGAGGUCCAUGGGGUAAAAGUGACCCUGUCUGUCUUUGCAGUCAAGAACUGCAGCUCCGACCUGCUCUUGGGUCGAACGUGGUUGAGCCACGUGCAUGCGGUGACGAUAGAGCGACCUGAUGGGAGCCAAACAUUGUCCAUUAGGAAACCAGACGGGACGCGGGUAAUGAUUGAGACAGUGGAGCCCCGGGACCCGAGGAACAGAGCAGCUCUCGCUGUGGGUGCGAGACCCAGUGAUCAGAUUAAGUCGUUACCUAUCUCCGGCCGCGCGGUGCGAUUUCGCGAGAAGAGAUAUGGACCACUGCUCACAGAGGAAGAAGCGAGGAUUUAUACGAUUCCACAUGUUCCUUGGAAUGACACAAGAUGGAAAUACGCCCAGAAGGAGAAGGAAGAAGUUAUCGCUUUCCUGAAAGAAAAGAUGGUUUCCCACGUUGCGAAGCCGUCUGAUAGCGCUUAUGCUAAUCGAUGGUUCUUCCUAUGGAAGCCGAAUGGCAAGAUCCGAUGGAUCCAGGACCUUCAGAAGGUCAACGAGGUGACGAUACGAGACGUGGGCUCCGUGCCACACACCGAUUUACUGGCAGAAGGCGCNGGAGUGGUCGAGACAUACCUGGCCUAUCAGGAUCUCAAGAUCCUGGCGAGAAGGCCUGCCGACCUAGACUACAUCUAUUAUUCGCUCGCGACCGGUGGGCCUCGUUGGGGAGACGAGAGGAUUCAGCUUAUAGAGCUGAUCCGCUCGAUAGACGACGAGUGGCCCCAGCCUCCGUGCGUUUGGGAUUGGUUAGACCGUGAGCUCCGAGCAGGCCCCGAGUACGUGACUUGCAUCGGGCGGCUCUUCUCAGACAACUGGGGGAGCUGGUGGAGCGAGGACGCCGAGCGACCUCUGAUAUACGGCCAUCAGUUGACGGAAUACUACCAGGCCAUAGGACAGGCGUCAUACCGCGUCGAGGACGAGUUUGACGACAAGGGUUGGGAGCGAGAGGACGACGAGGAGCUGUGGGAGCCAGACUGGGUCGACCCAGAGAGUGAGGUUGACGAGGAGGAGAUAAUGAGGACUUUGACACAUUUUAUGACAUAUUGGAGCGGUCGGCGAUGAGGUUACAAGUCGUUAUAGCACUAACUUACCUCAGCUGUUAGACAGA